GCAUUACAAAAUCUUUCGAGUUAAUUUUAAUGUUAAUGUUCAUAAAAGAUGCUAGAUUUUUGCGCAACAGUGUUGUUUGUUACAUUACCGGUGGCUGCAUAAAUAACAUCAUAAAAAAAUGAUGUACAUAUACACACACAUAUGCACAUAUAUGCAGCCACCGGUAAAUUCCAAUGCUGAAUUCAAAUAAAUAAGCAUCGUCACCAGCCAAAACAGGUUUGCUCUGACGAUGCAAAUUUGAGUUAGGGCAGUUCUGUCUCGAAUUUGAAAGCGCGUACGCAAGUUUCCCCCCCGAAGUGAACAGUGCCCAAAAACAAAAAAAAAAACCAAAGUGUUAACAAAAAAAACAUAAUACAAAAAACAUAAAACAUUGUACAAAAAAUUGAAAAUAAAACAUUGUACAAAAAAAAAAAAAAAAAUUGAACAAAUUGAACAAAAAACUACAAAUAAACAAAAAAUUGUAAACAAAACAAUGUACAAAAAAAAAAAGGAAAUUAAUUGAACAAAAAAACCUAAAUCUAAACAAAAAGUGUAAACGAAACAAAUUGAAUUUAAAGAAUUGAAACAAAAUAAUAAAAGAAAAAAAAGCAAAAAUAAACAUCAUUUUUUAAUUAAAUAACAAAUAAAAAAGGUGAAGUAAAAAACAUUUGGUCCUUCGAGCCGGAUAAUAAAGUGAAGUUUUUAAAAUAUUAAAAACAAAAAACAAAGUAUUAAGUGGACAGACACAGUGAAGUGAAACAAAAACAAAAGUGCAUAAUAAAAUAUAAAUAAAUAAAUUAACAAAAAGUGACGUUUAAAAAAGUGCAACCAAAAGAAAAAGUGAAAAAAAAAUAGAAAGUACACUGUGCUACAAAAAAGUGACAUUAAACAAACAAAUAUAUAUUUUUACAAAUUUACUACAAAAAAGAGACAACACACAGUGCUACAAAACAAACAGAAAAUACACAGUGCUACAAAAGUGACAUUAAAAAGUGAUACAAAGUGACAUUACACGGUGCUACAGAACUAAAAGAAAUUACACAGUGCUACAAAAAUAAACAAAAUUUAAUUAAAUUUUUUAUUUUUUCGUUAAUAUAAAAAAAGGUCUACACAAAAGACAAAAUACAAAAAUAAAAGGUGUGAAAAAAGUGACAGUACACAAUAUCACAAAAAAACCAAACAAAAUAAAGAAGUACGCAAAAUUGUGGAAGCUGCCAGAAGACCACGAAGGACUCCGGCAACACAACAACAAUACAACAACAACAACAAUAGCAACACUACAACAACAAAUUUUUGAGACCCAAAGGCUAAAUCAAAAUAUGGCUGCCUACUUGCCCAAUCAAGACUGCCGUUUAGAUGAUCGCAGCCGCAGUCCUAACCAAUCCGCACGUCCAACAGCGAGAAGUUCUAGCAGACCCAGUCGCCCAACCGAACCCAUUCCCAGCAGACCGGCUCAUAGACACCGCAGACUUCCCAGUUCCACAUCGCCAGAAAGACGUCAACGAAGCCGCUCCGCUGCAAGAUCCCGCCAACGCCAAGAACGACCCAGCUAUUGGCAGUAUUCCUGUGGGUUGUGUCAGGAGGACCAUGCCCUCAGUGCUUGCGAGAGGUUUCGCCACCAGACCCCCUUCCAACGCUAUGAGACCGUGGAGCGUAGGGGGUACUGCAGAAAUUGCCUUGCCAGAAGUCAUUUGGCCCCUGACUGUCCGUCGUUGACUGGUUGCAGGAGGUGCAACAAUCGGCAUCAUACGCUGCUACACGGGGCGUCUCAGCUGGAGGAAGUAUCCCUAAACGUGGAAGUUGUAACAACACCAAACUUUGCGUGGGAUUUGGUAUUUGUGCCAACGGCUAUGGUGCGCAUCAAGGCUGACAAAAUAGAGGGGUACAGCAUGCUAAGGGCAUUAAUCAGCCAAUCAGCGACGAUGUCCAAAAUAUCGUAUGCGGCUUUCCGUAGAUUGGGCCUACAAUUGCGGAUUUACAAAGGGCAGCGAUUUACCACCUUUACGGUUUCGCCCCGCCGCACAAACAGCCACUGGAGUCUUAGAGUUAAUGCCUUGAUAAUCGAAGAUUUGCCCAGGCGCAUUUACUCGGACCCAAUCCUCGAGGACCCCACAAGAAGUUUCCGAAAUUGCGCCCUAGCCGACCCUGAUCCCCGAGGCAACAAUCCCGUCGAUGUGGAACUGGGUGCUGACGUUUACUCAGCCAUAAGAAAAGACGAGUGCAAGGAGGCUGGAAUUGGAGAUGUCCUGGCCUAUGAUACCCAACUGGGUUACGUGUUUGCCGGUCCAAUAAAAAAUAUGCCAAAAAUAUAAGAACAACAUUGUAUUUCAAAAAUGAAUGUAAACACUUGUCAUUCGGGGGCCAGAAAUGUUCAUAAAAGAUGCUAGAUUUUUGCGCAACAGUGUUGUUUGUUACAUUACCGGUGGCUGCAUAAAUAACAUCAUAAAAAAAUGAUGUACAUAUACACACACACAUGCACAUAUAUGCAGCCACCGGUAAAUUCCAAUGCUGAAUUCAAAUAAAUAAGCAUCGUCACCAGCCAAAACAGGUUUGCUCUGACGAUGCAAAUUUGAGUUAGGGCAGUUCUGUCUCGAAUUUGAAAGCGCGUACGCAAGUUUCCCCCCCGAAGUGAACAGUGCCCAAAAACAAAAAAAAAAAACCAAAGUGUUAACAAAAAAAACAUAAAACAUUGUACAAAAAAUUGAAAAUAAAAUAUUGUACAAAAAAAAAAAA